AUGUAUAUUCUGAAUGGACAUUUUCCCCGAAAACUGACAAUUUUCAAUAAAAAUUUCCCAAAGCUGUCGGAUAAGUACAUUGUAGCUCGAAAUAAUCCAUUUCCGUACUUUAUUGACCAUAAUUCAUCUAAAUUCGUAUUUGAUAGACCGGGCAUAUGUAAAACAAUAUUGUCUCUCGUUGUGCGGCCUCUGCGUUCUGGUAUUUUGGUACUCCAGCGAUGACCGUUUUUGCCCAUUAUACUAGCAGUGUUCCUGCUUGAUAUACCAGGAUUCUGUAACACAACUUCAUCACCAUCAUCACUCUGUUCAUUGUCAGUAUCAGACUGUUGUUCAUCGACAUAAUGUUCGUCCCUGUCACAUAAUUCACCAAACAAGUCUUCGUCACUAUCUGCCUCAUCUUCAUUUUGCCACACAUUGUCGACCUCAUUUUGUAACUCACGUUGCGUUAAGGGACGACGAUUUUCCCAGUCAGAAUUUGCCAUAGCUAUAAAAUACAAAAUAAAUAUUAUCAACGUAAACCACACACUGGGGUCUGCCGUACCCAUUCACCGAUGUUAGUCAAUAUUCGGACGGGAUAGAUAGCACAAAUAACAGCCAACGUCUACGCACUGUCUCUCCUCACUACAGACUGAAUUUACACCGAACUAUCCAGCCGAACUAUUUACGUUUCCUCGAAGCACUUACAAGAGAGGGGUUUCUCAGACCCCAGUGUGCAGUUCCAGGGUUA